CAAAAUGACAGCAGGCCAAUCUUCCAGAAUCUGUGAAGAGUUGAGGACAUUGUUGUUACACCGGAUACCCUUUGCAAGCUUUGUGUGUGUGUGUUUGUUUGUGUUUGACCUAAAAGCUGCUCAGCAGUAGGCAAGCUUAACCUAAAGACACGGUCGCUUAACCCCCCUCGCACAUGUGUGUGUGUUUGUGUGGUAAUGUGCAUGUAUACAGCAUGCACAGCUGCAAACUACCACACAUUCAUUUGCUACACUCUUCCUUUUCCUGUUCUUGUGCACCGACGGCCCUUUCUGUCACUCUUUGAGUCAGACGGCUCAAAUUCUCCCCAGCGCAACCUUGUGCUCGCAACGGGCUGUCAAAAAUCAGCCCUCUCAGAAAAAAACGAUGAUUUUUUUCCCUCAUGUCUAGGCCACUAUGCAGUCGACACGGCGGUCCAGUGCAGAUUAGGUGGCGGUGAUGGAUAAAACCCUGGAAAUUAUUAUUCCACAGAUUGAGUGUGUGUGUGCAGAUGAGGCUCUGUGCUGACGAGGCCUCCCCUUUCCUGGCCUGGAAUAUUCUGGAUCCCAAGAGGGGUUUUUUGUCAUCACCAUGAUUAGAUUCUUCAGGAAACUCUAGCACUGCAGACCCCUACCAAGGAGGGAAGAGGCUGGGCUUGGAACCCUGUAUAUCCCAAAUUCAAAGUCGCACAUAGCGAAGGACCCAAGAAUCAUGUAGUAUACCUCUUUCUGCCACAGGGGGGAGGGUUAACUUUGUAGUUCUUUUUUUUAUACGUUUUUUUUUUUUUUUGGCUGGGAGUUGGUCUACAAGGUGAGCCAGAAAUGGUCUUGCACACCUCUCCCUACCCUAGUGCCUUCCUCAGCUUUCUGAGCUGUCUGUCUUGGGUCUUUGUUUUCCCUUGCUACUGGCUGUUGGACCGGUUGUUGGCCUCCUGUGUAGCAACAUCACUAGAGAAGCGUAGACGCUCCCAAGAUCCCUGCUCUUUUUUGGCACUUGGGGUCCUGAUCUCUACACCUCUCUACCUAGUGCUGUUACUGGCAUCCUUACCCUUUGCUUUUAUUGGCUUCCUCUUGUGGGCCCCACUGCAGACCAUCAGGAACCCCUACAUCUACUCUUACCAGAAACCAGACAAGCAUGGCGCCGAGCAGGGAACAUCGGCUGGAACCGGGGCAGCACUUGCUGAGUGGCGUCUACAAGGUCGCAGUUUUUGCUUCGGCAGUGCCAAUGUUUGCCUGCUGCCGGACUCACUUGCACGCUUCAACAACCUUGCGGAUACUCAACGCCGAGCUCGUGAAGUGGGCAAGCGGAUCCGGAACGGUGCCAGCAGACCCCAGAUCAAGAUAUACAUUGACUCACCCACCAAUACUUCAAUUAGUGCAGCAUCCUUCUGCAGUUUGGCCACCCAGGGCUUCCGCCGCACCUCAUCUUUGGACCAUCGUCCCGAGCCUGUAGUCACCACUGAUCCUGAGACUGAGGCCUUAACUGAGUGUCCUGUUCACCCCUCAGGAGGUACAAGCUCGGAUUGCCCCAUCCACAGCAUUGAAGCCCAAAAUUCCUCUGAGUGUCCCCUCCACCCCAAUGGAGAAGAGCAUGCUCCUGAUUGUGCCGUCCACCAGUUUGCAGACCCCCACUCCUCUGGUGAGUGUCCAGUACAUAGCAACAUCAUCCAGAACUCAGAAGACUGUCCUCUCCAUCUGGCUGGAGUGCAAAUCAGCAUCACCUCUCCUGAUUCUGAGCCGACUGAGGCUGAAAAAGGAAACCACCAGACUGGGGAUGGGGAUACGGGUAGCCUAGAAAGCCGUACGGCCUCUCGGGAAUCUCUGGUUCGCUUUCACGCAGCCGAUGGAGGCAUCUCCCCCAACAAUACCCUUUCACAACACCGCACCUCAGUCUUUAAAAGGCCGAUUGGGCGCAAACGCCGUCAUGGAGACGAUGGCUUUGACCAUGAGAUCUCUGCCUUCUUCCCAGCCAACCUGGACUUCCUUUGUCUGCAGGAAGUCUUUGAAAGGCGAGCUGCAGACAGGCUUAGGAAGCAGCUGCACCGCUACUUUCCAUUUGUGCUGAGUGACGUGGGACGCUAUGGCUGGAAAGGCUGUUGCUCCCGGUUCAAGUUCUUGAACAGCGGGCUUCUGUUGGCCAGUCGCUACCCUAUUCUGGAUGCCCAUUAUGAGUGCUUCCCUAAUGGGCGCAGCGAGGAUGCUCUGGCUGCUAAAGGAGUUCUUUAUGCCAAGGUGCAGGUGGGAAGCUCUGCUCAGGAUCAGCGGGUUGUUGGAUAUAUCGCUUGUACUCAUCUGCAUGCUAUUGAAGGUGAUUCAGCGGUGCGCUGUGAGCAGUUGGAUAUGCUGCUGGAGUGGGGAGCAGAGUUCAAGAGGGCCACCUCGGGUCCCUCGGAUGAGGAGAAGGUUCUGGAAGAUCAGGUGGCCUUCGAUGUCAUCCUCGGAGACCUCAACUUUGACAACUGCUCCUCAGAGGAUAAGCUGGAACAGCAGCAUGCCCUCUUCACUCAUUAUAAAGACCCUUGUCGUCUCGGUCCUGGAGAAGACAAACCAUGGGCUUUGGGUACACUGCUGGACACGAGUGGUCUUUAUGAUGAGGAAGCCAGCUCACCAGAGAGCCUACAAAAAGUUAUGGAGAAUGAAGAGGGGAGAAAAGAGUACACCUUGUUCCCCCCUAUAAAAAAAAACAUUCCCACACACAAAAGGCGCAAAAAAUCCCCCAAAAAGCAAAGCAGGAAAAACAUCGAUUACAUCCUUUAUAAAGAGGAAGGCCUGCAGCCAGACUGGAAAGUGGAUAUAGAGGAGUUCAGCUUCAUCACUCAACUUGCUGGAUUGACUGACCACCUCUCAGUGGCUGCAAGAUUGGUUGUGUCAACUGGAGAAGAGGAGACUUAGGACCCGACCAUAAUU